UGUAGCAGCCUUAUGGAUGCAAGAAUCAAUGUGUUUAGAAUUGAUGAUCCGUCCCUAAUAGGUAAAAAUGUUAGUAGUGAGAUUCGAAAUGCCAUUGAACAUUGCAAGAUUUCCAUUCCAAUUCUCUCUGAAAAUUUUGCCUCCUCUCAUUGGUGCCUCGACGAACUAGCUCAAAUAGUUGAAUGCAAGAAAACAAAAGGGCAAGAGAUGUUGCCCAUCUUCUAUAAAGUGAAGCCCUCAGAUGUGAAAGACCUAUUGAAUUCUUUUGGAGGCAACAUGCGUCAACAAAAGAAGCUAUUCAAAAGAAGUAAGUACAAGCAGUGGAAGCAAGUUCUCAAGGAGGUUGGGUCCUCCAAAGGAUGGGAAUCCGGAAAAAUCGCAAAUGGGCAUGAAGGGGUACUUGUGAAACAAAUUGUCAAGAAGGUUUUGCGGUUGUUGAUGAAUCCCCAAACGCAUGACCGUCCCAUCACCAUCCACUGAACAUUGAGUCGAUCAUGGAGUUAGUAACGACUCAAUCAUCUCCUCUUUUACAAGAGGAUCUUCGUAGACGAUCCAAAGUGUCAUCAUCUAUUGUUCAUCAUUUGCAUUAAUUUUCUAAAGACUAACGGUGAAUUCUUUUAGAGUUAAGGAACAUGUUACUCAUAUUAUGUCGUGUAAUCUAUUUAAUAAAUAUGUCUGUUUUUGGAUUCAAAUGUGACAAGUCUGUUCUGUUACCAAAAGAAGCGUGAAUGAGGUCAUGGAAACCGAGGAAAUGGA